UUGGCAGUCGUGCGAACGGUUAGGCGGAUGCGCGUGUCCCUCCCUCCCGUCGGAACGCCGCUCACUGGUCGCAUCUGCUGUAAUCUAAACUCUCCCGUUUUCGUUUUCGUCUAGCGCGCCACUCGUUAUCGCGUCGCUUUACAUGGACUUAGUAGCGAGGACCACUUGACACAAAAGCACGCGUUCGAAACGGAAUCCUUUGCCCGCGCGUUUAUCGCUCUCGUACGUUAAAAACACGAAUUUCUAAAUCGUUUUCCGCCGUACGUAAAACAAUACGCGCUUAAAGGCUUAAGAAUCGCGUUACGAAAAUAAAAAUAUACUACCACGUGCCGUGCGCCGUAACCCGUCCGCACAUCAGCAGACCGCGAGCGCGUCCGCCGUUCGAGUGAAAGUCUUGCAUUUUUUCCUUCUCCACCGCCGCCGCCGCCGCCGCCGCUUUCGUCCUCGUGACGCGCGAGUGACAUUUUUACUCGCGUCUCUAUCACAGCGAGCGUCCGCCGUCGACCCCCGAGAGCGGGCGUUAUCGUUGUCUACAUAUUAUAUAUACGCUGCCGUUAUGAUAAGAGUGCGAAAAAAGUCCGGCCGAGCAGCCGAGUGUGGCUGAUCUCGAUGUGCGGCGGAUGUGGAAAUAACGACGAGAUCGACAAAUACUUAACCGACAAUAAUAACACCGUCGUCGACUUCCGUCAUCGAGGCGACACCGCGGUAAGACCGCGGACUGUGGCCUUUCCGCAAAGGACAACGAAAACGAAAACGACAAUAACGACAACUAUAUUAUCGUCGUCGCGUCCGACGGCCGGUCGACGAUCGUCGCAGCAGCAACGACAGGCGACGGCGAUAGCAGCGGCGGUGGUGAUCGCGCCGGCGUCGUCGCGGCGGUGUUGUCGUUGUCGCCGUCGUCGGUGAGGGGGCGGUGUUGGUGGUGGCGCGGUCGGCGGCCCCGCGCGUACGACCACGGCCGGCUGCAAACUGACCGUCUGCGGCUGCUGUUACCUACCGGCGAUCUGUUGUCUGGCCGCCGUGAUCACGUCGUUGUCGCUCAUGCGCUCCAGGGCGGCCGCGUACACCGACGUAAACGCGACGGCCGACCUCGUCCAGCAGCACGCCGGUCGUGAUGUCGUCGUCGUCCGCGGCCGCGUGGCCGAAGCCGCCGCUACUGCCGCCGCCGCCGCCGCUGCUGCCGCCGCGACGACCGUCGUGAUAGCGACCGCCGACAACGCGACGACCGCCGCUAUCGCCGCGGCCACCGACACGUUACUGUUCCGCCGACCCCUUUCGCCGUCGCUGCCGACGACGACGCCGCCGCCGCCGCAGCAUCAUCGGCCUAACCAGACCAAACCCGCCGACGGCGACCGAGUCCACAACCAUCAUCAGCAGAAUCAUAACCAUAAUCAUUAUCAUCAUCAGCAUCAACAACCGCAAUCUCUUGGAACGGUGAUGGUACUGAUGGUGGUGACGGUGGUCGUGUUGGGUACUGUCGGGCUGCUCACUUGCGUGCUGCAUCACUACAAUCAACAAUACAACGCGUCCGUGCCCUGUCUGUCGGCAGCGCCCGGGCCGCCGCACCGCAGGCUUACCGCGCCGCCGCCACCGCUGACCAAGAAGAAAAAAUCGACUACGACUACGACGGCGGCGGCGGCGGCGGCGGCAGCAGCAGCAGCAGCGGCCGUGACGACGACGACAACGACGACGACGACGGCGACGACGGCUAUCAUCAUCGCAUCGCCACCACCGCUCUCGACUACGAACGGUGCACGUCGUAGCGGCGGCAGCAGCUGUUGUAACAGUAGCAGCACGUCCUCGCGAACCGCCAUGUUGACGAUGCGAAGCAAUAACGGGCUGUCCCGAGAACACGACCGGCAAGUCCGGUUGCACUCGGUCCGGACCGACCUGGAGUUGGACAUGCCGCCGCGAAUCCAUUUGCCGGACGGCGAGGAGUACCCGUACGGCAGCAUGGCCAAGUUGCAUUUGCGGAAUUCCGAACAAGAACGAGAGAUCUACCAGAAGUGCAUCAGGGGACCGCCCAACCGGACGAUAUGGACGUCAACCGCCGAGUGUGGGAAAUUUUCGCAGCCUCACAGGUCCAGUUCAGCGUCCGGUCUCACGUCCCUCUCCACGUCCUCGUCCGAAGUGGACUCGGUCACGAGAUGUAAUAGCGUCUCCUCGAGGUAUGUGUAUUUGCCGAGAACCGAGUUUCCGCAAGUAGACAACAUUCAAAGUCUGUCGAGUCUGACCAUGGUACCGUGUUUGAGCCACGUAGACAAACAGACUUUAAGCCAAUAGUAUAAUAAUAAAGACGUCUCUCAUCGUUUACUAUUAUAAUAAUAUUAUACCUGUGUAAUAAUAUAUAUACGAGGUGCUACACAUUGCAGAGACCACUGAAAAUACGAUAUUAUGUUAUAUAUUUAUACAUAUAAUAUGUUCGUAUGUGUAUAUUUUAUAAUAUACACUCACACACACACACACACACACACACACACACACACACACACGUCUUAUGUAUAGGUACAUAUAAUUUAAUUGUAUUAUUGUAUAAUUAGCGUUUUAUAAAGAAGAAAAACAACUCGCGCACACGCAUACACACAACAGACACAGACACAGACAUACAACACACACAGACACACCACAUUCACAUACACACCCACACACCCACAUACACACACACACAAACACAAGUAUAUUUAUACAUAUUCAAACGGUCUUCUAUAAUAUCUACGUAUUUAAUAUUUUAUAAAAUCUAAAUCCCCGCGUGUAUUCAUCAUAUUGUGAUAAAAUAAUACAUCUUAUGUGUGUAAUAAGUGUGUAACAUGUAAUUGCAUUUUUUUUUUUAUACAUAUUAUAUUAUAUAUAUAUAUUAUUUAGUGAUAUAGUUAAUUUGAACAUUUUUUUUUUUUAUUAUUAUUAUUGUAAUUGUGCGUACGUGGGGUACGUAUAUUAUCUGUUAAUUUUUAAUAACAUAAUACGUAUUAGAUUCCGUUGAAAACACACAACCAAUUUGUCGGCCAGCACAAUGAUUUUAUAACCAUGAUAUAGUAAAAUAAUAAUAUGUUAUAAACCAUCGUAUCAUAAACGUAAUUAUGAUGAUAUAAUAGAUAAUAUAUAUAAUUGUUGUCUGAAUACCAUGGCGGGCAAAUCGGUUUUACAGUCGAGGGACGUGAGUUUUCAACGAAUCUUAUUAUUUCAAAUAACUUGUCGUAUUACCUGCAUAUAUUUAUUAUAAUUUACGAUAUAUUAUGUAGUAUAUAACAUGAAUAUUGUAUUUAAAAAAAAAAGACAGAAAUUGUCAUUGUGGGUGCCCCAACCGCGGCGACAUCAGCAUAAUAAUUAACGAUAAUAAUAUGAUGAUUACAACGUCCGAUAGCGUGAAUAUUAUUAAAUAAUAAUUAAUGUUGAUAAUAUUAUAAUAAGUAUAAAAAAACAAUGUCUUACUUUGCUUUUAUCAACGGGGGUGGAUAAUUCGUGACAUAUUAUGUAGGUAGGUAGGUACCGCGAUGUGUUCGAAGGUAAAUAAUAUAAUAUAUUAUAUAACGUUUGUGCUGUGCUUAUUUAGACUAUUUAUGAUGGUUUUUUCUCCUUUUCUACUUAUUGACAUUAAGUUGACGAUUACAUUUCGAACAAUGUUUUUUUAUUUUUUUACACGAUUGGAGUAAUGAUUAUUUCUAUUCGGUCCAGGGAGGUAGUUAUAUUAUUAUGAAGGUUAUGAAUUUUUGAAAAAUUCUUCUACUGAGGGGGUUUGGGAAGAGGGAAUAUGAGGCAGUCGUCGUCGCGGUCAAUAAGCGUUUUUUUUUCCCAAACACAAUCUCUGAUAUAUAAAAAAAAAUUAAUACUAUACGUAGUACGACGACAUUAUUAUAAUAUUCUGUGACGGAUAAAUAAUUAAAAAAAAAAAAAAAAUGUUUUUAAGAACCUUCGAUGUGCCUGUAAAUUAUAUUAUAGUGAAAUGAAAAAUAUCUAUCAUAUACAUCGCAUAUAUUAUAUACUUAAUAAUAUCAUAACCGCACGUUUUCUUUUCUUUUUUUUUUAAUUGAAAGUUUUCUUCUUUAGUUUUAAUAAAAAUGCGCUGACGUGAUAAUUAGUUUCGGUACGUGUGUGUUAAUAAAUUUUCCGAAACCAAGCGCUGUCGCUUUUUAUUUUUGACGGACUCUUAAAAAAAAAUGGGUAAUAAAUUAUUAUUAUUAUUAUUACUAUAUUAUUAUUAUUAUUAUUAUUAUUAUUAUUAAUUAUUAUAAAUGAAAUAGUUUCUAGUCAUUCGUUAACUUUAUUUAGCAAAUUGUUUUGUUGUUUCUAAUGACCGAAACUAUGUGAGAAAUCAACAAGUCGGGUCGGUGACUAUAUUAUAUUGUGUUGGACAACAUUUUACCAUCCAAUUUUUGUGCGUAAUAAAAGUGACUGUACUGUAUAUUUUAUUAUAUUAUUGUACAUAUUAUAUAUAUAUUGUGUUGUACAUGUUGGAUUAAUAUAAUUUUGUCAUUGGUGAUAUUUAUAGAAAUAAUUAAAACAAAAUUAACUUUUUUUAUGACCGUGCCAUUUAAUGGGAAAAAGCUUAACUCCAGAGUGAGUAUGAUGAGAUAUAGUUGAUAAUAGUGUGAGGUAGUGAGUGAGGAGAGAGAGAAAAGGAGUAAAUAAUAGGUAGUAUAAUUUUUGACAAAAGACAAAAUAAUUAUUAUUCGAUAGGUUUUUCAAUACUUUAUAGACAAAUAGUAGAACAGUGUUUUUUAUUAUUAUUAUGUAAGUAAUAUAAAAAUUUAGAUAAUAAUAUGUUCUUGCGACCGACAUAAUUACAACGUUUAUAACAUGUAUUUUUUUUUUUUUUGUCAUUUUGUACAAAUAUAAUCUCUUUGGUCUAUGUACAAUAUAAUGUAAAUUUAACUAUAGUUAUCUAAAUAAUAAUAAUAAUAACUACAUUAUAUUUACUACCAAAAACACUCUUAUUUAGUUUUAUUUGUAUUUAAUUAAUUUAUUUGUUAUGCUUGUAUACAAAACAAUAUUAUAAUGAUAUUCAGUGUGUAAAUACAAAAAACUAAUGUAUAUUAUGUAUGUGUAAAAUAACGAUGGCAUAAAUGCAGUGAUAUGUGGGUAGGGACCCAAUUUAUUUUAUGUAAUAAUUAUUUUGAAUUGUUAUUUCGGAGCGAAUAAGCCACUGAAAACUAUAUACAAAAAAAAAAUAAUGAUAAGAAAAAAAAAACGAUGAUAAAAAUGAAUAAAAACAUUUUAUUAGCUAAUUAAAAAAUAUAUUUCUGUAUUGUCAAAUGUUUUGUUUGUUAAUCAAUUGUCUAAAUCUCUCCAGUCUUCAUCGGUUGGGGGUGUGAACAUUAUCCUAAAAGGCAAUUCUUGUUCCAACGCAUCCACCGUCGAAGUAUUUAGCGGAUUAUCCUUGAGAUCAACUUCUUUCAAGUGUUUUAAACGUGAUUCCAAUAUCCUAACAUUGACAUCUAAAAUGUAUAAUCACAAACAUAGUAUUAAUAGUUAUGACAUACAUCUAUGAUAAAUGGUAACAAUAAAUUGCAUUUGUAAUGGGUUCGUGCAAGUAUAUAAUAACACAAUAUUAUUUUUCUUUUUUUUUUUUU